UCACCCUUCACAGAGCGCGCACCGGGGGAGGAUUCACAGCUGCCCCCGCCGAGCGGCAUUUUCGUGGAGAGGCCGCAGAGUGCCGCGGCGACAAAAGGCAAGGACAUUACAUUUGUGGCUCGGGUCGACUCCUCCAACAUGGCCAAGAAGCCCACCAUGAAAUGGGUGAAGGGGAAGUGGCUCGACCUGGUCAGCAAAGCCGGGAAGCACCUGCAGUUCAAAGAGGUGUACGACAGGAACACCAAGAUCUACACCUACGAGAUGAGCAUCAUCAAAGUCGUGGACGGCGACGCCGGCGGCUACCGCUGCGAGGUCACCGCCAAGGACAAGAGCGAAAGCAGCGCGUUCGAGGUCUCCGUGCAGGCUGCACCAGAAGAGCAGCAGGACAACAUCUUGGAGGCGUUUAAGCGAUCCGGGGAUGGAGGUGAGGAUGCCGGUGAACUCGACUUCAGCGCCCUGCUCAAGAAAAGGGAGAAGAAGCGAAAGGUGGUCGAAGAAGUGGAAGUGGACAUCUUCGCCAUCCUGAAGGACGCCAAGCCCUGCGACUACGAGCGGAUCGCCUUCGAGUACGGCAUCACGGACCUGAGGGGGUUGUUGAAGAGGCUGAAGAAGAUGAAGACGGUGGAGCCCAAGAAGAGCGACGCUUUCCUCAGGAAGCUGGAUGCGGCCUACUCGGUGGAUAAGGGCAAGAAGGUCCAGCUCUCGGUAGAAGUGACCGACCCCAACGCGCCGGUCAAGUGGCUCAAGAACGGACAGGAGCUCAAACCGUCGGCAAAGUAUGUGUUUGAAAGCGUGGGCAACAAGCGCACGCUCACUGUCAACAAGUGCAACCAGUCGGAUGACGCAGCGUACGAGUGCGUGGUGGGGGAGGAGAAGUCCUUCACCGAGGUUUUCGUCAAAGAGCCUCCAGUCACCAUCACCAAGCUGCUGGACGACGCUCACACCGUGGUGGGACAGAAGGUGGAGUUUGAGGUGGAGGUGUCCGAGGAAGGAGCCAACGUCAAAUGGAUGAAGGACGGAGUCGAGCUGAACAAAGAAACGGCGGGUUCAAGGUACCGGUUCAAAAAGGAUGGGAAGAGACACAUCCUCAUCGUGAACGAAGCCACCAAGGAGGACGUCGGAGAGUACCGCGCGCUCACCAACGGCGGCGAGUCCAAGGCGGAGCUGGAGGUUGAAGAUAAGGAGCUGGAGGUUCUGCAGAGCAUCGCCGACCUGACGGUGAAGGCUGCCGAACAGGCCGCCUUCAAGUGCGAGGUGUCGGAUGAGAACGUGACGGGGAAAUGGUUCAAGGACGGCGUGGAGGUCCUGCCCAGCGAUCGCGUCAAAAUCACACACUUUGGAAGGGCCCACAAGCUGAUGAUUGAUGACGUGAAGCCCUCGGACGCCGGGGAUUAUUCGUUUGUCCCCGACGGCUACGCGCUGUCUCUCUCUGCCAAACUCAACUUCCUGGAAAUCAAGAUUGCAUAUGUUCCCAGAGAAGACCCGCCCAAAAUCCACCUGGACGCCAGCGGGCGAGGGAGCGACAACACCAUCACGGUGGUGGCGGGAAACAAGCUGAGCCUCGACGUCCAGGUGACGGGAGAACCGGCGCCCGCCGUCUGCUGGAGGAGAGGAAACCAGGUGGUGCCUGAGGGCGAGGGAAGGGUCCGCGUGGAGUCCAACAAGUCCCUGAGCAGCUUUAUAAUCGAGGCGGCGGAGAAAGGCGACGAGGGACCCUACUCCAUCACCGUCACUAACCCCGCCGGAGAGGACAUGGUCGAACUCACCGUCAAGAUCGUGGAUGUGCCCAACCCCCCCGAGAAUGUCCGAUGCACGUCAGUCGGAGAGUACUCCGGCACGAUCACAUGGGACCCUCCCGCCUUCGACGGCGGAGUUCCCAUCAAAGGGUACCUGAUGGAGAGGAAGAAGGCCGGCUCCUCCCGCUGGACCAAGCUCAACUUCGACGCUCACGAGUCCACCACGUACGAGGCCAAGAGGAUGAUCGAAGGCGUGCUCUACGAGAUGAGGGUGUUCGCCGUCAACGGCGUCGGCGUCUCGCAGCCCAGCGCCGCCUCGCAGCCCUUCAUGCCCAUCGCCCCCACCGGCGAGCCCACCCGUCUGGCGGUGGACGACGUGACGGACACGACCUGCGCGCUCAAGUGGCGUCCCCCGGAGAAGAUCGGAGCGGGCGGGAUCGACGGUUACAUCAUCGAGUACUGCAAGGAAGGGGAUGAUCGGUGGGUGCAGGCCAACGAGGGGCCGGUGGUGAGUAACCAGUACAGGGUGAAGGGCCUCCCGGUGGGGGAGCGGAUGCUGUUCCGAGUGACGGCCGUCAACAUCGCCGGGCGCAGCCCCCCGGCCACGCUCCCCCAGGCCGUCACCAUCAGAGAGAUCGUGGAGAACCCGAAGAUCCGCGUGCCGCGCCAUCUGAGGAGCAAACUCAUCGCGCGCGUAGGCGAGAAGGUGAACCUGGUCCUCCCCUUUCAGGGCAAGCCCCGCCCCGUCGCCACCUGGUCCAAAGACGGCGUCCUCCUGGAGGACAAAACGGUGGGCACCCGCACCAGCGACGUGGACGCCAUCCUCUUCAUCCGCUCGGCAGAGAGGAGCCACUCGGGGAAGUACACGCUGUCGGUCCGGAUCGAGGACGCGUCGGUCAGCGCUGACCUGCACAUCCAGGUCGUGGAGGAGCCCGGCCCCCCCGUCGCCGUGCGCGUAGCAGACGUGUGGGGCAACAACGCGGCGCUGGAGUGGAAGCCGCCCAAAGACGACGGCAACUGCGAGAUCAUCGGCUACACGGUUCAGAAGGCUGACAUGAAGACUAAGGAUUGGUUCACGGUGGUGGAGCACAACCGCCGGCCCGGCUGCACGGUGCCCGACCUGGUCAUGGGGAACGAGUACUUGUUUCGAGUGUUCAGCGAAAACAUCUGCGGCCUCAGCGUGGAGUCCGGCGUCAGCCAGAACACCGCCAUCGUCACCAAAUCAGGUCUGUCCCACGACCGUCCGCCUUUCAAGGAGAAGGACGUCAACUGCUCCCCCAAGUUCACAGCGCCCCUGGUGGACAGAAGUGUGGUGGCGGGCUACUCUACGGCCAUCAGCUGUGCCGUCCGCGGGCACCCCAAGCCCAAGAUCACUUGGAUGAAGAACAACAUGGUCAUCAGCGAAGACCCCAAGUUCCUGAUGCAGAACAACCAGGGCGUGUUGACCCUGAACAUCCGCAAGCCGGGGGUGUACGACGGGGGCAAAUACUCCUGCAGGGCCGUCAACGAGCUGGGCGAGGACGCGGUGGAGUGCAAGCUGGAGGUUCACGUUGUACAAGAGAAAGGAGCGGAGGCGAAGAAAUGAGCGACGCCGCCAAACAGCCGAGGAUACAGUCGAACAGGAAUAGUAAUGGAUUAUGUAUAAUGGGAUAGUCAUGAAUAAAUAUGAUUAGAAUAGAUCACCCUCCUCUCUCCCCCCCCCCCCCCCCCUCUCCCUAUACGCUUGCCUCUCAGCGCUGCCGUGACGAGCGCCACCACGGUAACGUGCCAUAAAUCCUCCCAGCGAGCUGCCGGCGUGUGUCACGUCCCGCGUGGCGGCGCCGCCCCGCGGUGACCACGCGCAGACGGGAAGCCGACCUGUCACUGAAACACUCUUAUAAAAACAGCCUCCCAUCCACUACGCCUCUGUGUGUCGUCUGUUGUGUGUGUGUGUGUGUGUGUGUGU